AUGCACGAGUGCCUGUCAUGGCUCGACGGGCAACCCGACCGCAGCGUGGUGUACCUCUGCUUCGGUAGCGCCGGCGUCCACCGCGAGGAGCAGCUCUUGGAGAUCGCCACCGGCCUAAUUAUAGAUGUGAAGAGAUACUCCAGGCUCCGGUUGCGCAGGUCUCAUGCUCGUGCGAGGCCGCACGUCGUUGAGGGACGAAGCUGCCAAUGUGACGCCGACGAGGUCAACGCUGGAGGGCUACCGCACGAGGUCAUCGUGAUAGACGAGAACUACACCAUCAACGACGACCUCCGGGCUUGUGGGUUGCCAAGCGACGAUGAGGAUGACCUAGCUACCAAAAUUGUAGCCAUCUUCGAUAGCUCUGGUGCUCCGAUCAAUCUAGAUGCCGGUGCUCCUGCUGGUGAUGCUGCUGGAGGCGUGUCUACGACUCCGACGCUAGCUUCUACCCCAUCUUCGACGCUGACUACCUCAACGGGCGUUAGCAUCCACACGAAGGGUACCAAGCGGAGAUCUGCUGCGUGGAACGAUUUUGAGGAGUUGUUCAUGAAGGCGCCAACAGUAAAAAGCGCCGCCCCUUGGGACUUCAUCCCGCCGUUGGCGUCGAAGAAGGCGCUACGGGUGUCGUCUGCCUCCGCGGGGCGGGCCGUGACCCCACCGGCAGCGAGCGGCAGUGUCGCCGAGGAGACCGCGGAGCCUACCGCGGAGGUGGCUUCUGCGGCGGCAACCGGAGGUAGGGUGUCAGAGCCGGGCACAGGGCAGGGUCCGACCCCUGCUCCACCUUCUGCCUCCGCGGCUGACCCUACGGGACAGGGUGUUGCCCUUGGGGUUCCUCCGGCCGGUGAGGUGAUAUACCUUGACGACGAGGCGGAGGAGCCUGCGGCUCCAACGGCGACGGCGGAGAUGGCGGUAGCGGAGAUGGGGGCAGUUGCCCCACCCGCUGUGACGGAGGAGGGAAAGUCCGCCCCCGCGGCCAUGACGGGGAUAGCGGCGGCGGCGGAGGCGGGGGUACCUGCCCCAGCGGCUGCGACGAAGGCGGCGAUGGAGGCGGAGGUGGGGGUGCCUGCCCCAGCAGUCCCGACGGAGGCGGGGACGCCUGCCUCAGCGGCCGCGAUGAAGGCUGCUGCGGCGGUAGGAACGGGAACGCCCGCUCUGGCAGCCGCGAUGGAGACGGGGACGCCUGCCCCAGCGGCCGCGACGAAGGCCGUGGCGGCGGCGGGAACGGGAACGCCUACUCCGGCAGCCGCGACGGAGAUGGUGGCGGUGGCGGAUGGAGCGGAACGCGUGUCGGCGUCGACGAUGGCCGCGACGACUUCAUCAGAGACGGCGGCGCAUGUGCCGGGGCCGUCAAUGAGGCCGGCGGAAUCAGGGGCGGUGGCGCCUGUCCCUGCGGUGGCGUCGGGGACAGCGGUGCCGGGAUCGGCCGGAGCGGCCACCACCCUUGUCCCGGUUAAUCCCGUCCCCAAGGCAUGGGGUGGACCUACCCUGCGCUGGAUGUCCCGUGAGGACCCGCCGAGGCCCCUCUUCAUGCUGGACGACGCCGAGGAGUGGGGAAAGUGGCAGGCGGUGCAAGGCAGGCUUGCAAAUGUCCACGCUGCCCUGUCCUCCGUGAUGGGGGAACUGGACGGCGUCGUUGUCCCCGGUGGCCAGGCCCUCCAGGAAUGCAGCCAGGGGAGGUCUGAUUUCCUCCGGCUUGAGUUGGGGCUCUGGGAACGCUUCUCCGUGGAGAGGCGGUGGACCGGGAAGCUGACCGCGCAGGUCGCCACUGCUCAGCAAGUCAUCGACGACCUGCGUAGGCGCGAGCAGGCGGCGCAGGAGGACGCGCGACGGUCGGAGGACAUGUUCCAGGGCAUCGUGGAGAAGGCUCGCCUCGAUUUUGAGCAGUUCUAG